AAGUAAACGAAUUAUAACAUUAUUUUCCAUGUACACUCCGUUUUGGAGGUCGUUGUCGUAUUUUAGUGGUUAUGUUCAACAUUUUAACAAAAUGAGAGUGAAAUCUUGAUAUAAAUUUUACUAACAGGAUUAAUUCUAUCUUUUAUCUUCCUCAUAAAUAUUUUUUAUUAUUUCUUUAUUUUAUUUUGUCAAAAUUGUACGAUAAUUCAAUUACGAUAGUAUCGUGUGAACAAUAAUUUUAUAAUAUUAGAUAGAUAAGAUUUGUAGUUUAAUGUGAUUUCAUAUUUUCAUUAACAAUGACGGAAGGGAGUGUGAGCAGGCCAAAGCGAAUGGGAACGAGAUUUUUCAAAAACCCUCCUCAACCACACAUGUGUAUUCAAGAUUUUUUAAGGGGUUCAGUCCAUCCAUGUUAUAUUAAUGUUCUAUCAUGGGAUAAAAUAGGAAUGGCAUCGUGUCCUUUCGAAAGAUUGCCUCUUUAUGGAGGUAUGAAAAUAAAUCCACCAAGGACCGAAUCACCUGAAGUGACUGUAUUUUUUGUAAUGGCGAAUCCUGAAAUAUUACGACAAAACGGAAAAAAUGCAACAGAUCCGAAGGAACAAUCGAUUUUAAUAGAACUUCUUCUUGACUUCAUUGAAGCCAUGAAUAAAGGGAUCGUGUUUAUGAGACAUUAUAAAAUCUUAAAUGAUAGAGAUAUCACAGGAGAGCUGAAAGAAAUAUGGAUGGCAGUACAGAGUGAUCGAGCUAAACUUCAAAAUGGCACAUCUGCUGAAGAAGUUAAAAGACCCGUUCCUCAAUAUCCUCAAUAUCAAGACCAAAGUCAGGAUCAUCAAAAACAGCAACAAAAGAAACAACAGCAGCAGCAACACCAACACCAACAACAGCAAUAUCGAUCAUUACAAAAUCAAUCUCAUCAACAUCUCAUUCAACAAAUGCAGCAUCCAAGUGAUGAUAAACAAUUAUCACAACCACCCCAAUAUCAAUCGAAUUAUAUGAUGCCAAGUCGCGGGUCGGCGAUGGAAUCAUCUGAGAGUUAUGAUUUGGCUUACAUUCGACCACCACAAAACACACUAAUUCCACAAAGUGACCAUAUGUAUGAAUCUAGGUCUGUAGCGAAUCAUUAUAAUGUCAAUGUUAACAAAGUACGAGAUCGAAUUGUUCCCAAUGUAAUAGCAAAUCCUCCAACACCACCGCAGCCAUCUGUACCAUAUCCAGCACCUCAAUAUCAGUAUCCACAACUGCCACGUCAAAUAGGAGCUUAUAAUAAUCCAAAUAUUCAUCCGAAUCCAGGAUUACCUUUCGAAAUUUUUACUCCACCAGGUGCUCCACUUGUAAUUAAUCCAGCGCUGGCUCCUAAUCUACAGAUUCAUUACGACCCUUAUUUUUAUCCAAUAGGACUUCAUGAUAAAAGAGUUCAUCAAAAAGUUCAUAGAAUGCCACAGCCGCAACAACCACAAAUUCAACUCGUUCAUGCUUCACCCGUUUCGCCUUAUGAAGAGAUGAAGAAGAGGAUAUUUAGACCUCAAGCUAAUACACCUCCAAAAAAUACAUCACAUAAACGUCAAGCAGCAUCGCCUACUCAUCCAGCUCCUCAUAAUAAAGAAAGUGUUGGAAAGUCUAAGAGUCCAGUAAAAGUAUUGCAAAGAGAUAAUUCCGUGUCAGAGCAUGAGAAUGCUGCUGGAACAAUGACUGAUAAAAUUUCAGAUGAGACUUUUAAUGAUACUGUAAAUGAAAACAGCAAUGUUCAAGUUACAGAUUUAGAUGAAGAUGAACCUCAUGCUGCCUCUGGUGAUAUAAAAAUAACAAAGACUUCUGACGAUAAUUUGACAGCAUCAUUUAUGGACAAUCAAGUGAAUUCAAAACAAUGCAAAACGAAAAUUAUGGUUCUAAAGAAAAAUAAGCCGUUCGAUGAUAUCAAUUUAAUUAAACAUAAUGGCCGAAAAAAAAAUGGUGUAAAAUCAGAAACUGAACAACAAGAUAAUGAUGCGGAUAACAGAACGAAUGAAGGUAAAGUUGAAGAUGAGAAAUUGAAUCAAAGUCCUGAAUCAGAGCAGAAUGGUUACAUUGAUGAACUUACUGAUAAGCAAGUAGAAAGUGACGAUAAAAUUUCGAACGGUAUGAAUACAAUUAUGGAUAAUAACAUAAAGUUAAAUGCUAGUACAUCUGAAGAUAUACUCGUUAAACAAUCUAAUAAAAUUAAUGGACAGCCGAAUAAUUUCGGUAAGGACAAAGAAAUUUUUGAAAUGUACGCGAUACAGCGGAAAUCCGAAGUGAAAUCAACGCCAGAUGAACUGACAAAUGAUAUGGCACAAAUAUCGAUUAAUGAUUGCACGGAAACAAAUGAAAUUGGCGCCGUACCUUCGUGAUAGUCUAGGUUUAAGAGUAAAUAGAAUUGUUAUCGACCAACAACAAUUCUUUUAACGAUGUAUAUAGAUAGUUUUACAUUAUUAAAAAAAAAGUUAUCAUGGAAAUAGGAGCAAACAAAAUCAAAUGAAAAAUGUAAAUGAUUAAUUUCGUAUUGAUUUACUGAUGUUGCUCUUCCAUUAAAUCAAAUGUUAAAAUGUCGGUGGUUCAUAAAAAAAAGAGAAAGUUUAGAUAAGAAAAUCGCAAUGCUAAUUUUUGAAUGUAAAAUAAAUUGGUUUUACUAAUGAUUUUGAUAGCGUACAGCCAGGCUGUGAAAAGUAAAAAACUCUGGUGCAGAGGAUUUUCCAUUUAUAUUAAAAAUGAAAUCCUCAAUAAACUAUAGCUAAUGAUUAAUAGUAAGGAAUUCAGUAACAAUCAGGAUCAAACCAACCAAGGAAUGUACGUAUAGAAUAGAAUGACUUUAAUCUGAAAAUAAUUUGAUUCAUCCGGGAUUUUAUUCGUAUUUGAUCUUAAAAAAGUUCAUAAAGUGGACUUGAAGCGCAGCUUAACAUUUUAAAAUAUAAUACAGCUGAGGGACACAUUCAGAGAAAAUAUUCAAGGUAUUCUGGCAUGACUUUUGUAAGCAAUUGGAAAUGAGAUGCCCUCAACAAUUAUCCUAUCUUCAAGGUAAUCGCUGUGCAAAAUGGAAUUUAAAAAAAAACUGCCUGAAUCAUAGCUUUUACAAUGUUUAUAGCAUUCAAAUUUUUUGCAAAUAGCUUUAUAGAAAAGUCUGAUAUCUUCCGAGGUGUUCGAAACGUUGUUCAAUAUGGCUUAAAAUGUUUUAAUUGAUAUAUAUUUUUUAGUUAACUAAAAAAGCAAAAUAAAUUUACUUUAUUUCAACUUUACACGAUAUCAGAAUAAUAUUUCUAGAAACAAAAUAAUCAUCACUGGUUUAUAAGUUUCGUUGAUUAAUUGUAAAUUAAUGAUCAUACAAGAGUGUUCCGUGGCAUUGCUCGACACCCUUGCCAAAAAAUGAAUGAAAUGGUCCUUUUCGAAUAUAUAGUUUAACAUAAACGUAUGGUUACUCAGUAUUGAUGUUAUUUUAUAAUAAUUAUUAUAAGUGAUACUGUGGUUUAUUAUCAUAAAUAUAUUAUUACAACAAUCAACUAUGAAAAAUUGUAAACUAUUAUACAAUAAUAUACGUUCAUUUUUUGGAAAACUA